CCUUUGUCUGGGUGCUCUGCGCGCGGCCACUCCUUCGCUCGUGAGGCUGCGGCGCGGACGGUGAGUGGGGAAGUGUGGGCGCCGGGGGGCUGGGACCCUCUCCUCUCACGGACACGAGAGCAGGCCAGCCCUGCACACGGAACGGACACUUCCCCCAUGGGCACGCACUGCGUCCUCCACUCCCGCCGGUUCACACCACGUAUGGACAGCGGCGACCUCUUCCCUCAGACCCUCCGGAGCAUCUCCUCCUUGGAGGCUCCCUGCAACCCCCCUCGCCGCGGCCCUUACCUCCUCCGAGCCUCGUCGCGUCCACUGUUCCCUCAGACCGCCGCCGCACCCUCUCCCUGCUCCCUGAGCUCCCAGCUCCUCGGACCCUCGCCGCCCCCCUCAUCUUUUGGACCCUGCCAGGACCCUAAUCCCCUCGCCGCCCCCUCCCACCUCGACCGGCAUUUGGGCGUCACAGGCGAGGUUCCCCGGCCGCCCCCAGCCGCGCGCUCCACGGUCGGGUCUCGGCGGGAGGUUUGGCGUGUGCUUGCCCGGCGUGUUCUGACCUCGCGGACGGCGCGGGGGCGCUCCCCAAAAUACGAAGGCGAGGGUUUUUUGGCUCCAUGCACAACCUGAGGGGCCCUACGUGGAGCUCAGGAGGGCCCGGCGGCGCGCACGGAGCGCCUUUUUCAUUUAACAAAAAGGCGUCCUUCCGCGCAUCAAAGGGAGUUUGAGCUUUUUUCAUCUUUGUUGACCAAACGCUCUUUCCGAAUUUCCUAUCCUUUCCCCAUUUUUCUGUUGAUGCUGUCUUUUUGUUAUUAAUUUUAAGAGCUUUAAUGAAUGAGACCAACUUUUGUAGCAUAGUUUGAAAUUUUUGUUUACUUUAGGUGGAGGGUUUUUUAAUAGAAAAUUAUCUGGCAAUUUUUUUUUAAUGCAAGUAUGUCAGGAAAAUAUAAAAAGUAAAAUCCACCUUCCCCAUAAACCCUCUCAGUGUACGCAGAGUAGGCACUGUGGGUAGUUCCCUGUGUACCCUUUCAGGGUUUUUUAAUGUAAUUACAAUUCUAGCCUUUGAACACCACCGUUUUUGACCCCUGGCAGCCCUCCUUCGCCCUGGGCAGCAGUGGUAGCUCGACUCUGCCCUCUCCGGCUGCAGGAACCACGCCCCAGGUUGAAUAGUUGUCAAAUUUCCCACCGGUGCAAACUGCCCUCGAGAAUUCUGUUCCAUGGACUUUGCACACCGGCGGCUUCUCCGUAGGGCGGACUCCUAGAAGUGGAGUGAAGGUUGGCGGUUAAGGCGAUUCGAUUGUUACAGACACUACGACGACUUACAUUCCCGCCGGUGUGGGGUAUCCCAGUGCUGGCAUUCUUACUAGAUCGUUUUAAUUUCCGUUCCCCUGUUUUUGGUGAAUUUGAAAUCUCUUCAUGUGUAUUUUAGUCAUUUGUACUUUGUGACUUGCCAGCUCAUAUUCUUUGCCCAUUUUGUUGUUUUUUACUUAUGGAUUUGUGUAAUAGAAGCUCCUUAUAACUUAAGAAAAUAAGCCCUUUUCCAUAUAUGUUGAAAAUAUUUUUCGCAAUUUGUCAUUUCACUCCCAUUAUGAUGUUUUGUCUUGGUUUGGGUUGGGUUUUUCCGAGAUAGAAGAUUCUAGGUUUUUGAUGAUUACAUAUUUUCCCUUAAGGCUUUUGGGCUUUGUAAAGGGCCUUUCCACUCCAAGAAUGUUUUUAAAAUAAACUCUUGUUUUUCCCUGGUACGUGUAAAAUGCUUGCUCCAUCUGGAAUUUAUUUUGUUGUGAUUAUGUUAUUCUUAGGUGCCAGCGAGUCAGUUCCGAUUCAUAGCGACCCCAUGUACAACUCAACAAAACGUUGCCUAGUCCUGCACCAUCCUCACAAUUGUUACACUUGUGCCCAUUGUUGCAGCCGCUGUGUCAUUCCAUCUAAUUGCGGGUCUUCCUCUUUUUCACUGACUCUCUACUCUACCAAGCAUGAUGUCCUUCUCGAGGGACUGGUCCUUCCUGAUAACAUGUCCAAAGUAUGUGAGACAAAGCCUUGCCAUCGUCCCUUCUAAUGAGCAUUCUGGCUGUACUUCUUUCCAAGACAGAUUUGUUUGUUCUUCUGGUGUAUAUUCACUAUUCUUUUGGUGUGGAGUGAGGUUGAAAUACAGCUUCAUUUUUUUUCCCCUAAAUCAUACCUAUUUCUAACACUACUGAAUAAUUUGUCUUUCCAUUGAUUUGAAAAACCACCUUUGUCGUAUACUAAAUUCUUAUAUGUCUUUGGUUCCAUUCUGGAGUUUGUGCUGGCUUUGAUGUGCGUAAGAUUUUGAUUUACAUGUGGCAGAUGAGUGGGUCUCUGCCUCCAGGCUUUCUUCCUUUGGUAUUUUGUGUAGAAGGCCCCUUCCACCCUGAAAUAAUAUUUAAAAAUUUACCUGUAUUUUUUUUAUCGAAGUUCUUUUUAGGGUGUAAUUUUAAAAUGUAAAUGCAUUAGACUUUUAAUAUAUAGUAUGAGAUAAAGAUGUAGGGUUUUUUUUUGUUUUGUUUUUGGUCUCUUUUUUAUUUCUGUCUUUGCUCUACUUUCUGGGAGAUUUGUUGAGCUUUAUGUAAAGGCCUGUUUUAUUUUUCCCAAAACAGCCCAUCUACUGAAUCAUCUUUGCCUCAGUAAUUAGAAAUACCACGUCUGUCCUACUCCAAUUGUUUGUAGACUUUGCCCUGGCCCUGCCAUCCAUUCCUGAAGCCACCCACUCUUGGUCAGACCCACGAGGCUCUUGUUAUAGCUUUGUGGUAGAAGAUGCCCUCAUUAGUAUCCUCUCUCAGUGUGCUCUUGGAGACGUUCCAGUGUUUAUUCUCCCUAAUCAACAUGUUGUUGUUGUUGUUAGGUGCUGUCAAGUCAGUUCUGACUCGUAGCGACCCUAUGUACGACAGAAGGAAACACUGCCCGCUCCUGCGCCGCGCUCACAAUCACUAUUAUGCUUGAGCCUGUUGUUGCAGCCACUGUGUCAAUCCAUAUUUUUGAGGGUCUUCCUCUUUUUCCACUGGCCCUGUGCUUUACCAGGCAUGACGUUCUUCUCCAGGGACUGAUCCUUCCUGACAACAUGUCCAAAGUAUGUAAAACGCAGUCUCGCCAUCCUUGCUUCUAAGGGGUGUUCUGGUUGUACUUCUUCCAAGACAGAUUUGUUCGUUCUUUUGGCAGCCCAUGGCAUAUUUAAUAUUCUUUCUCAGCACCACAAUUCAAAGGCAUCAAUUCCUCUUGGGUCUUCCUUAUUCAUUGUCCAGCGUUCACAUGUAUAUGAUGUGAUUAAAAACACCGUGGCUUGGGUCAGGCACACCUUAGGCUUCAGGGUGACAUCUUUGCUCUUCAAUACUUUGAAGAGGUCCUUUGCAGCAGAUCUGCCCAAAUGCAGGACAUUGUUUGAUUUCUAGACUGCUGCUUCCAUGGGUGUUGAUUGUGAAUCCAAGUAAAAUGAAGUCCUUGAUAACUUCAGUCUUUUCUCCGUUUAUCAUGAUGUUGCUUGUUGGUCUUGUUGUGAGGAUUUUUGCUUUCUUUAUGUUGAGGUGGAAACCCUGGUGGUGUAGUGGUUAACAGCUAUGGCUGCUAACCAAGAGGUCAGCAGUUUGAAUCCGCCAGGUGCUCCUUGGAAACCCUAUGGGACAGUUCUACUCUGUUCUAUAGAGUCGCUAUGAGUCGGAAUCGACUCGACGGCAGUGGGUUUGGGUUUGGUUUUGGUUUAUGUUGAGGUGUAAUCCAUACUGAAGGCUGUGGUCUUUGAUUUUCAUCGUAAGUGCUUCAAGUCCUUUCCGCUUUCAGCAAGCAAGGUUGUGUCAUCUGCAUAAUGCAGGUUGUUAAUAAGUCUUCCUCCAAUCCUGAUGCCAUGUUCUUCAUAUAGUCCAGCUUCUCAGAUUAUUUGCUCAGAAUGGGAUGGCAAAAGGAUACAACCCUGACACCCACCUGUCCUGACUUUAAACCACACAGUAUCUCCUUGUUCUGUCAGAACAACUGCCUCUUGAUCUAUGUAUAGGUUCUUCAUGAGCACAAUUAAGUGCUCUGAAAUUCCCAUUCUUCUCAAUGUUAUUCAUAAUUUGUUAUGAUCCACACAGUCGAAUGCCUUAGCAUGGUCAAUAAAAUACAGAUGAGCAUCCUUCUGGUAUUCUCUGCUUUCAGCCAGGACCCAUCUGACAUCAGCAAUGAUAUCCCCGGAUCAAUGACCUCUGCUGAAUCUGGCCUGAAUUUCUGGCAGCUCCCUGUCAAUACACUGCUGCAGCCGCUUUUGAAUGAUCUUCAGCAGAAUUUUGCUUGCGUGUGAUAUUAAAGAUACUGUUUGAUAAUUUCCGCAUUUGUUGGGAUCACCUUUCUUGGGAAUAGGCAUAAAUAUGGAUCUCUUCCAGUUGGUUAGCCAGGUACCUGUCUUCCAAAUUGCUUGGCAUAGACAAGUGAGCACUUCCAGCACUGCAUCUGCUUGUUGAAACAUCUCAAUUGAUACUCCGUCAAUUCCUGGACCCUCGUUUUUCGCCAGUGCCUUCAGUGCAGCUUGGACUUCUUCCUUCAGUGCCAUCAGUUCCUGAUCAUAUGCUUCCCUCCUGAAAUAGUUGAACAUUGACCAAUUCUUUUUGGUAUAGUGAUUGUACAUUCCUUCCAUCUUCUUUUGAUGCUUCCUGUGCCAUUUAAUAUUUUCUCCAUGGAAUCCUUCAGUAUUGCAACUUGAGGCAUGAAUUUUUCCUUCAGUUCUUUCACCUUGAGAAAUGCCAAGCGUGUUCUUCCUUUUUUGUUUUCUAACUCCAAGUCUUUGUACAUGUGAUUAUAAUACUUUACUUUGUCUUCUUGAGCCACCCUUUGAAAUCUUCUGUUCAGUUCUUUUACUUCAUCAUUUCUUCCUUUAGCUUUAGCUGCUCGACAUUCAAGAGUAUGUUUCAGAGUCCCUUCUGACACCCGUUUUGGUCUUUUCUUUCUUCCCUGUCUUGUCAGUGACCUCUUGCUUUCUUCAUGUAUGAUGCCCUUGAUGUCAUUCCACAGCUUGUCUGGUCUUCGGUCAUUAGUGUUCAACGUGUCAAAUCUAUUCUCGAGAUGGUCUCUAAAAGGUGGGAUAUUCUCAAGGUCAUACUUUGGCUAUUGUGGACUUGUUCUGAUUUUCUUCAGUUUCAAUUUGAACUUGCGAAUGAGCAACUGAUGUUCUGUUCCACAGUCAACCCCUGGCCUUGCUGUGACUGAUGAUACUGAGCUUUUCCAUCAUCUCUUUCCACAGAUGUAGUCAGUUUGAUACCUGUGUAUUCCACCUGUCAAGGUCCAUGUGUAUAGUCGCCAUUUACGUUGGUGAAAAAAGGCAUUUGCGGUGAAGAAGUCGUUGCUCUUGCAAAAUUCUAUCAUGCGAUCAUUUCUAUCACCAAGGCCAUAUUUUCCAACUACUGAUCCUUCUUCUUUGUUUCUAACUUUCACAUUCCGGUCACCAGUAAUUAUCAAUGCAUCCUGAUUGCAUGUUUGAUCAAUUUCAGACUGCAGAAGCUGGUAAAAUCUUCAGUUUUUUCAUCUUUGGCCUUAAUGAAAACCCCAGUGCCGUCGAAUUGAUUCCUGGUGCGUAAAUUUGAAUAACAGUCGUAUUGAUUGAUUUUCCUUGUAGGCAUAUGGAUAUUAUCCUAUCACUUGCAGCAUUGUACUUCAGGAUAGAUCUUGAAAUGUUCUUUUUGACGAUGAAUGCGACACUGUUCCUCCUCAAGUUGUCAUUCCUGGCAUGGUAGACCAUAUGAUUGUCCUAUUCAUGAUGCCCAACACCUUUCCAUUUCAGCUCACUAAUGCCUAGGAUAUCGAUGUUUACGUGUUCCAUUUCAUUUUUAAUGAUUUCCAGUUUUCUUAGAUUCAUACUUCAUACAUUCCACCUUCCAAUUAUUAAUGGAUGUUUGCAGCUGUUUCUUCUUAUUUUGAGUCAUGCCACAUCAGCAAAUGAAGGUCCUGAAAGCUUGACUCGAUCCAUGCAUCGUUAAGGUUGACUCUACUUUGAGUGGCAACUCUUCCCCUGUCAUCUUUUGAGUGCCUUCCAACCUGGGGGGCUCAUCUUCCAGCACUAUAUCAGACAGUGUUCCGCUGCUAUUCAUAAGGUGUUCACUGGCUAAUGCUUUUCAGAAGUAGACUGCCGGCUCCUUCUUCCUAGUCUGUCUUAGUCUGGAAGCUCAGCUGAAACCUGUCCUCCAUGGGUGACCCUGCUGGUAUCUGAAUACCGGUGGCAUAGCUUCCAGCAUCACAGCAACACACAAGCCCCCACAGUACGACAGACUGACAGACACGUGGGGGAGAUCAACAUAAGAAUCAAUAAAAAAUGUGUUACGUUUGUGGGUAAAAUUAAUAUUGCUGUGAUAUCUUGUUAUGUGUAUUAUUUAGAGUGUCUUUUGUUGCCUUAAAGCUUUAUAGUUUUCUUCAUAAGGAUCCUGCACAUUUCUAAAGGUUAAUUUAACCUUGUUUUUUAUUGUUGCUAUUGUGAUAUGAUCUUUUUUCCCUUUAUCUUUUCUGACUCUGUGUUGUUAGGUAAUGGAAGUAUUGAUUUGGAUGCAUAUUUGUGAUCAUAUACUCUGGGAAGGUUGGAAGAUUAGAAGUAGUUGCAUUUAGCAGUGCUUUGCUUUACACUCAUGGGUGGUUCAGAACUGCCCCUUCUGAAGGUGCCUCAACUUGAAGGGCUUGGAUGGCAAUGAAGAGGGAGCAGGGCUUCUAGCAGGAAAGGCAGAGGAAUGAAGACAGGAGGCCAGACCCCGGCCCUGGGGGAGGUCCUGUGAGCUGCCCACCCUAGACCCAGGGACUGGGCUGAUGGAACUUGGAGCUCUCCUGUCACAACAUGUUACCAUAUGCCAUGUCCUCUGAAUGGACAGGCAUGCCAUCUGUCAUACCGAGACCAUCAGUAAUUCCAAUAAGAACGGGUUUCCAAAAUUUAGCUUAUACAACAAAAAUAAUAAACAUUAAAUUCUAAGCUGUUGGCAUCAUUGCAUGUCCAUUUCCAGUUCCUGUCCAUGCGUGCAUGUUCGCAAAUUGCUCCUGUCACGUGUGGUCACAAGAGCCAGCUCCAGGUGUCGACUGCCUGCCUGGCAGAGGGUGCUUCUGGUAAUGAGGGUCCUUUCAGUUUUCUUUAGAGUGACUGUUGCUGCUGUGAACAUUUAUCGAUUCUUGCUUUUGAUUUGGGUUAUUUAUUGGGAAAUUUCCAAAAACAAAAUUUCUAAAUCUGAAGAAUAAACUCUUCACGCUGCAGCCAGUGUGACCAAUGAACGGGUGCAGGGGUUAGGGGUCGUUGUUUAGCACAUGGCAAGGUUUGGGCUCUGGGCUCCUGCUACAGGUGAGCAGAGUUGCCGUUAACUAAGUUAAGGGCAGAAGUUGGGGUGGACCUCAGUUUUGGAUGUUAAAUGUCUGAGAUCUGUGAGAUACAAACAUGGAGAUGUUGUGUAGGAGGGAAGGGGUAUUGCCAGCUCUACAGCACUCACAUAGGGCCCUUCUUGGCGCAACUGAACAUUCAGGGUGGACAAACAUGCCUGGAGCCAGGAUGGCUGGGAAGGACGUGGGACUGGAAGCCCCAGUCAGUGGACAUUGUCCUCACAGCCAUCCAGGGACAGCUUAGGAGCAGGAACAUGGGAUGCAGGGCAGGUGCAGGAGCCACCUGAUCUGAAGCCUCAUGACCACACAGAUCCUAUGGUCAGCUGCACCAGUUGGCCCUGGGCCUGUGAGCACUGCACUCAAUUAGUCCUUGAAUGUGAGUUCCUGUGGGUAUGUAUUAUUGAAUCCUAGGCCAGGUGCAGUCAGGGCCGUUGUCUUGUAGCACAGAUGACCAUCUACCACUUCCAGGUUUCCAGGGGACCAGAAGGUCAAAUUCUCAUGGACAGAGGGGCCGCCCAGCCACUGCAUACAGGGGAGGGUGAAGUAGAGGGAGUGUGAAGUAGAGGGAGUGUGCCGAGAAGGAACCUGCAAAGACCAGAUGAGACCAGACAACACUGCAUCCAGGAGACCUAGAAGGGAUCGCAUUUCAGGUCAGCCAUUAAGGGGGGUCAUUUACGGUGACCCAAAGGGCAGGAGGCAAGCCUGUGAGGACCACUGUUUUUGCUCUCAUUUAAAUCUUUACUUAACCUGAAAUGUAUUGUUGCAUAUUCCACCUGGACAGCUGUGUACACUAGCACCGUUGUUCCCCCGUGAGGUGGAACUUUCCAGUCUUGACGUCUUUUAAAUCCUCAUGCCUGCUGGAGCUGUCUGAAUUCUCUGUUCUCUGUGGACAGCAUCUUUCUGAUACCUAGUGAGGCAGCCCCAUCCCAUUCCAUUCUUGGCUGUUUUCUAGCAUUAAUUCUUCAUGUGAACUUUAAGAUAGUUUUAUUAAUUCCUUUCAAAGAUUCCUGUUGGGAUUUUAAUUAGAAUUUCAUCACACUUACACAAAUGCACACACGCAAAUUUGGGGAGAAUUGGCAGUUUUGGAGAACAGGAUUGGGGAGGUUGAGCAUCAGUCUCCCUCUACCUCCCAAGUAUCCUUGUCCUAUUCCUCGGGUCUUUCUGAAAGUUGUCUAUGCAAACGUGAGCAUACCUCUGGUGUUUUAUAAAGAACAUAGGGUUAUGAUGUUGUGAUGCGAUGGAUGGCUUUUGUGUGGCCUUUGUCGCCCUGGUCUUACAGCUUCUACACAGUGAUUGGGUGGGGCUGUGCUAAUAAGGUAUAUGGAACCCUAAUGAGGAGAUUGGUCAGUUUUGACAUCCCACUUAAAAUGAACUAUCCUAGAAGCAGGAAGGAGAGGAUCUCACCACCACUAAGGAAGAAGUGCCAAGAACGAAGUGUAUUCUUUGGACCCAGGAUCCCUGUACUGAGAAGUUCCUGGAACCAGGAGAAAGAGAAAGAGAGAGCUGUGACAGUGAAGAUGGCGAGAAAUGGUGGCUGAGAAACAGCAGCAAGAGAUGGCCCAGUGGGCUUCCCAGCCCACCGAACGAGAAAGUCGAAUGCCUUUAGGCAAGAGGCUUACUGGUAGAGUAGGAUGCCUCUGGGUACUUGGUGGAACUAGGUUUGCCACCCACAGAGCUAGAGCUGAGCCCUGCGACCAGGGACCAGCAGAGUGGGAUGCCUCAGGGCACUUUAUCAGCAGAGCUAAAAGAGAGUUUGGUUACACUUGUCUGAGCAGGGCAAAGGCCCAGGGGCCAGAGAGAGGCGUGCCUGCAAGCACAGCUGCGAAGAGGCUGUCCUGAUGGAAGAACUGUAUCUCAGUGUUCCUGAACCUGAAUUGCAACCUGUCACUUCCCUAAUAAACCCCAUAGUCAUGAGUAUUGUCUGUGAGUUCCGUGUAGCCAUUGCAAUGAAUUAUCAAACCCAGCAGAGAAGUAGAGAGUGCGGCGGGAGGACGGUAGGUGUCAGAAUUGGUAAAGAUGGCAGAGGAAGGAGGCAUGUCUGACCUCCGCCUCUCAGAAAUCAGUCUUGGGCUGUUGAUCUUGAUUCUCCUUCCCCCUUGUGGAGUUGGAGGAGGUCAGACUCUCUACCACAUCAUUCUUAGAGACGCCCAUGGACUUCCUUCCCAGGCCCCUCCUCCAGCACCCAAGUAGUUUCCCCGGUCACUCUAGCACUGCUUGCACUCCUUUCACACUUGAAAUGUCUGUUUGAAUGAUAAACGAUGUAGUUGCUCUAAUUAUAUCACAAUUUUCUGUUACCUUGCUAUUCUGUGUUUAAUAGCAUCAUGGUUCCCUGCUGUGCCAAGUAUAUGAGAAAUGGCCUCAUUCUUAAACCAGACUGUGUUUUCUUGGAUGACCUGCCUCCUUUUGUUGCUGCUCAGCGCUCUGUGUCCCGGCACAGAUCCCUCCCCAACAUUCCAGAAGAUCAUGAAGCCCGUUUUCCACAGGACCAAAGGCACCAGGAGAGCUCUUGAUCUCCCUGUUCCGCCCUGGCAGUUUGGAGUGUAAUAGACACCUCACCUUAACUUGUCCAAAUCCAAACUCCUGUUAUUUCCCCCAGAACCUGCCCACCCAUGGCAUCUGCUUCUCACUGGACAGCAGGUCCUUGUUCAGGCCCACCAGGGCCCCAGGUCACCCCUGACUCCCCUUUCUCUCUCACCCACAUCCAGUUCAUCAGUAAGUCCUAUGAUACCAGAAUCCAACCACUUCUCAUGCCUCUGCUGCCAGCACCCUGCCAAGCCACAACCAUCUCUUGCCUGCACUGCUGUGGAGUGGGCAGGGCCACCAGAGUGGUCCUUCUUCAGGGUAGGUCAACUUGUAUCCCUCCUAGUCCACCCUCAGUAGCCCUGCCUCUCAGAGGUCCAGGGUCUGCACAGUGUCUCCAGGUGCUGCUUAGUCUGGCCACUGUUACCCCUUGUUCUCCACAGAUGUUACAUCAACAGCUUUUGUUAUAUGUGGACUUUUCAUUGCAGCAUAAGGCACAGCCUGAAUUUUCAUGACAUGAACACACCCCAGUACCAGCUCCCAAUCACAGAUGUCUCCAGCCCCCAGGAGCCCCUCUGGGGUGACCCUGCCUUUACCACCCUGGGCAGGGAAGAGCCAGGCAUGCCCCAAAUGCAGCCCCACGUGGAUUUCCGUGUGUCCUCAGAGGCCCCGGGAGACCAGGUGAUGGCAGCAGCUGGGCUCCUGCCAGUGGCAAGACGCCAGGCUGAGGUGACUUUCGAGGACGUGGCUGUGCUUCUCUCCCAGGAGGAGUGGGACCACCUGGGCCCUGCUCAGCGCGGCCUCUACCGAAACGUGAUGAUGGAGACUUAUGGGAAUGUGGUCUCUCUGGGACUCCCAGGAUCCAAGCCUGACGUGAUCUCCCAGCUGGAGCGAGGGGAAGAGCCGUGGGUACUGGGUGGGCACGAGGCUGAAGGGAGAGAGCAUCUGAAGAAUGGCCAUUCAGACAACCUCAACGGUGACCACCCUAUAACUUGCAUGUACCAAGGCAAUUUAUCCUGUCCUCGGGAAUGUGAAACCAAGGAAGACAACCAAAAUAGGGGUUUGAGUCUGAAGUCAUUAAUUUCAGAGGAAAUAACAGUGACUCUGGGGAAAACUCCCACGGGGAUGAUUGAUCAAGAAUACAAUGAAAUUGAAAGAAGCUCCCAUCUGGGUUCAAACCCCAUUGGCUAUAGGGAAGUUCAGGUCUUGAGUCAGAGCUUGCCCCUUACUCGGCAUCCAGUGGUUCCUAAUGGAGAGAAACCCUACAAGUGCAUUGAAUGUGGGAAAUCCUUUGGUCGGAGCUCCCAUCUCCUUCAACAUCAGAGAAUCCACACUGGAGAGAAACCCUACGUAUGCAGUGUAUGCAGGAAGGCCUUCAGCCAGAGCUCAGUUCUCAGUAAACACAGGAGAAUUCACACGGGAGAGAAACCUUAUGAGUGUAAAGAAUGUGGGAAAGCCUUCAGAGUGAGCUCGGACCUUGCCCAGCAUCAUAAAAUACACACAGGAGAGAAGCCUCAUGAAUGUCUUGAAUGUCGGAAGUCCUUCACUCAGCUCUCGCAUCUUAUCCAGCACCAGCGGAUCCACACAGGAGAAAGGCCUUAUGUGUGUCCAUUGUGUGGGAAAGCCUUCAACCACAGCACCGUGCUGCGGAGCCAUCAAAGGGUACACACCGGUGAGAAGCCUCAUGAGUGCAGUGAAUGUGGGAAGACCUUCACUGUGAAGAGGACACUCAUCCAGCAUCAGAGGAUCCACACUGGAGAGAAGCCUUACACGUGCAGUGAGUGUGGGAAGGCCUUCAGCGACCGCUCAGUCCUCAUUCAACAUCACAAUGUCCACACCGGGGAAAAGCCCUAUGAGUGCAGUGAGUGUGGGAAAACCUUCAGCCACCGAUCCACCUUGAUGAAUCACGAGCGGAUCCACACUGAGGAGAAGCCCUAUGAGUGCUAUGAGUGUGGGAAGGCCUUUGUUCAGCACUCACACCUGAUUCAGCACCAGAGGAUUCACACCGGGGAGAAACCCUACGUGUGCGGCGAGUGUGGACAUGCCUUCAGUGCACGCAGAUCUCUAAUUCAACAUGAGAGAAUCCACACAGGCGAGAAGCCCUUCGAGUGCAUGGAAUGUGGCAAAGCCUUCAGCCUGAAAGCAACUCUAAUUGUGCACCUGAGGACCCACACAGGUGAGAAGCCCUAUGAGUGCAAUAGCUGUGGGAAGGCCUUCAGCCAGUACUCUGUGCUCAUCCAGCACCAGAGGAUCCACACGGGUGAGAAGCCCUAUGAGUGUGGGGAGUGUGGGCGUGCCUUCAACCAACAUGGACAUCUGAUCCAGCACCAGAAAGUGCACAAGAAGCUGUAACCCUCAACUGCCACAAGCAAUGGGAAGAGUCCACACCCAGAGAAAUGUCAUGCACACAGCACUGUGAAAAGCCUUCAGCUCAGGAGAAGCUUCUGUUAACUCUGCAGAAAACCAUCUAUGGUGAUUCAGUGUCUGAAAAUAACUCCAAAGAGAAGCUCUGGGCAUGUCCUUCCUAUGGAAAAACUUCAGAGGAUGCCUGGGGUUUCUUUCAGCGUCUCACAGUUAUAUUGGAGAGUAACUGCAACGUUGGAGUAAAUUUUGGUAAAGACUUACCCAUAAUUAUUUCCUUAUUUAACAAGAGAGGGUUCAUUUAAAGUGGGUAUCUAAGGGAAGUUAAGAUAUAAGGACAGCUGUCACAAUAAAACUCUUAUAUUCUAAAUAAAGUUUUUUCUCAUAGAACAUUACAUGUGUUUCCUAAAUAUAACUGAUCAUUCUAAUUUUUGCACUGGAAAUUAGAAUGUCCAUUUUCAGUAUUCUGUUAGCACAAUAAAGUGCUGUGUAGAUAAGUGAUAGAAAAUAUAUACACCUACUCCUCACUUAUCGUCUAUAACAUUAUCCAACAUUUCACAUUUACAGCAAUAGUAAAAAUCUACUAUCCGACUAUUUGGUGCAUUAACAACAUAUGUCUGGCAAUAUCGAGUGCCAAGAUACAAGGUGAGAGUGAUGCUGGCUGUGAUGGUUAAAGUUAUGUGUCAACUUGGCUGGGCUGUGAUUCUCAGUGGUUUAGCAGUUAUGUAAUGACAUUUUAUGUAAUGAUGUGAUCAUCCUCCAUUUUGUGAGCUUAUGUGAUCAUCUUCCAUUUUUGCAUAAUGCAGAUUUUCACAUAAUGAUCUGGUCUUUGGAACCUAACCAUGUCAGUAAGUGAGGCGUGGGUGUAUUAUCAAGUGUUAUCAUGUAAAAUGACUGGAAAUUCUACACAUGUAAAAUCACCUAUUUUGUAUGAAAAAAGAAGAAAAAGUCUAGAUAUACAUUAGGGAGAGAUGUAAACUUAUAAAAUUUUUUAUCUGGUGCUUUAAUUUUAUUCAAGAUCAGAAGGAAUAUCAACUUCUUAGUGAAAAUUCAACUCAAAAUGGAUAUUAUCCUCAAAACCCACCCUUAUAAACUGCAAACUCUAUGCCCCAGAGACCAGAGGGCAUCGCAGGCCUAUGAGCCCCAUGCAGGUGCAGGAGGGGAGCUCCACACUCAGAGCCCAGACCCCACAGCUGCUACACCAAUUGCGUGCCUCUUUAAAGCUUACAAUGUUCUGUUUUUUAAGUUACUAAAAAGACAGUAUUUGGGUGCACAUUUUUAAAACAACCAUAUUCUCAAAUUCAAAUAGCUUUGCUUUUUUUUUUCCUAGGUUUACUGUUCAUAUUCAUGUGUUUGAGGGUUGUUUUUUCACUUUUUACUGAAAUGAAAAAGAAUUUAGUAACUAUUGCCAUAUACUACGAUGAAUCGAUUUAUUCACAAUUAAAAUUUUGUGUUCAGCUUGUUCAAAAUUAUUUGCUCUGCUGUAAGGGAUACAACGGUUGUAAUUUAAUUUGGGUAGGAGCUAUUUCUCCUAGCAGCAAGCCACAAAAGAAACAAAUAUUUCAUGAGAUUCAGACCACUUUCAGCUUCUCAAGAUGUUAAGUACCUAUUAGAAGGAGGAAGGUUUUUUUUCCCUCUUUUGAAAAGAGUUACCAGCUUCUGUGUAAAAUGAGGCACUAAGGCGUUGAUCUUCAAGUCCACAGCAAUACACUGUGAUGUGGGCAAGAGCUGGCAUUGCCUUCUCUGUGAAGACACUGCCUAGAGGAGUUGAGAUCACCAAGGUGCUACUUCAGAGAGGAGCUAUGAUUACUGAGGUGUCAUUUCAGAGAGAGAUGAGAUCAUUGAGAUGUUACUUCAGAAGAGCUGAGGUAACUGAGAUGUUGCCUCAGAAGUUCCCCACAAAAGGAAGACACAGAUCCUACUGGAUUGAGUCCACAGCUGGCAGAUCAUUCAGUGGCUCCUGUUCACAGUCUGCCACAACUCAGGCCACCAUUUCUACAUCAUGUGGACGAGUUAGAGACAAAGUCAUAUUCCAUCAAGAUGAGCAUAAAAGUUGGAUUAGAUUCAGUAUACAGAAAUACUUGUUUAGUAAGUCACUCUAUAUGUCACAGGACAACUUAAGUUACAUAGUAUGAGUCAUUAUGGAUUGCUAAAUCCUCCAAUAACUAGGGGUUGACCCUAAAUAGUUCUCAGGAAAAUCUUUAUGAAAUGUAUAUUUUGCUUUCCUGCCUUCUUAAACAGAGUGUGCUAAAAUUAAAAAUCAUUCUCACUUUCUGCCUUGGGUUUCCCCUGAGCCAUUGGUGAGCAUGCAGGGCUCAGGUGUUGAUUGGACCAGGAAGUGGACUUUGGUGCCCCUCUCCCUGGGGAGGAUCCCCAGGCCACAUAUUCAACACUCACCUCUUCCUCUCCAAGGAGCAGGAGGCAACACACCACCUUCCUGAACAUGUGAACAUCUCCCUUUCUGGGACAUGUCAUCAGAAGCCAAAACAACGCUUGGAGUCCCACUCACUGAUAACAAGUCGCCUCAGCCAUUACCUCCCACCUCUGUCUCGUCAGCAGCAUUCCAUACUUAUUUUGGAUUUUUUAAUUUCUUUUCAGAUAUAUCUACAUGUUAUGUAUUUAAAUCUCUGUUACUUCUCCGUCAACUACUAAGAAUUUGUUAUUUAGUUCUCUUCAAUUUUUUCUAUGAUUUUAGAGAACAUUUUAGUCCAUCCGGAAUUCAGUUUUGUAUACUGUGUAUAAGCUAAUAUUUUCCAAUAAAAAAGCAAUGACUAAAUAUUUGUGAUUAAAGGAAGAUAAGU